CUUCACUAAUGCCUGGAAGAUGUCAGUUUCUUGUAAUUUUGGGGGGCAUCGUUUGCCAAUUGAUUUGGAUAUCAGAAUAUUUCAGCCAUGAGGGGUUUGUUCAAAGACCGCAGAAAGGUGAUUUUUCAUAUUUUGUAUGAACCUUUAGUCAUAUUUCUGUAGAUACUUCAUGAAAAGCACAAAGUAAUUUUUUUUUAAUUUGGGACAUACAACCACGGAGGCCUUCCAAGGGGUAAAAGCGACAUGCGACACGGCCCUGAAAACUGGCGACAUGGGAAUUUUUAAAAAGCGAGAAGUGACAUGCCUACGCUGCUAAAAUGUGACAGCGACAUACUAAACAGUGAAAAACGACGGUGACAUUGGAAAGUUGUGCAUUUUAUCAAUAAAAGUGACUCAGAAUACAGGAAAUUGCAUUUCUGAGGGUUCAGAUUUUCCAAAUUUUCCCGCGGGAGCCUACCCUUAAAGAAGAAGAAGAAGCGUUCAUCCUUCGCCGCUCACUUAAGCAAUAGAAAACGUUUUCCGUGUUUGCAUUAGCCUCCCCGCAGACGUCCUUUGGGGUUCGUUUGUCACGCAUGACAAACGAACCCCAAAGGACGUCUGCGGGGAGGCUAUGUUUGCAUAGCCUGAUAUAAACACGAGAGGGUUUGGGAGAAUUCGAGACAGUUAUGCAAACCCGAGACGAAGUCGAGGGUUUGCAUAACCGUCGAGAAUUCUCCCAACGCCUCGAGUGUUUAUAUCAGGCUAUGCAAACACAGGAAAAAAGUUUUCUAUUGCUUUUAUAAAAUGACUUUCCCUAGAAAAAAACGCAAAACUCUUUGUAUGGCACUGAUUAAAAGAGAAAUUCUUACCAGUCGCAAAAUCUUGUCCACGAAGUCUUGCACGCGUAAUGAGUUCUUGUUUUGCAAAAAGAUGCUUUGCAAAAUACGGAGUUUUCUCGCUUAAAAUGUCAGCUUAAGCGAAGAAAAAUUGACUCACCUUCUUUGUAACGAUUUUCCAUGUUUCAGCCAACGAAGUUUAAAAAAAGUUUUGCCAACUGACCACCAUGAAAAUCCUGUUAUAGCCCUGUUGCGAAACAGUUUCUCGCAAAACAAAAAUGACUGGUACAGUUACGUACACUUCAAAAAACGACAGCGACAUUUGCAGCUGUAGAUUAGGCGACAACGGUCUCCUAGAGCAAGCGACAUUGCGACACAGCUACCCCCCUUGGAAGGCUUCACCACGAUAGGGCUUCAUGCAUUAGGCUGGUCUCAAACCUUUUUUUGAUUUUUUUUUAAAGCAUUUCCAACUUAAUUGUUUCCAAUGACACUUAGAGUAACAAGUAAUAUCUUUACUAUACAUCGCAAAAUUAUUAAACUAGAAAUACGUUAUCGCAAUUAUGCUGUACAGUGGAAGGUGAGGUCAGUGGUGAGAAUAAUCGGAAACGAGCCAAAGGGGAAAAUUUUUAUCAAAAAACAAAACAAAACAACAAAAAUUAAACAGGAAUUUUUUCCGUGUACUGCACUAAAUGCUUACACCGAGAAAUAUAUCUGGUAAUGCAAGCUUAAUGAGUUUUCCAACCUACCCCACUGCAACUUCUAAUUUGAAGCAACCCCUUCUGGCAAAUUUUCUCUGUAGGAGAAAUGCAGGGUCGAUGGUAGAGUAAACUUGUUUUUUUUUUUGUAUAGAUCAAGGCAAGUUGUCUGCCCUUCCAACGUAUGAUUUAGUCAUUGGAGUCUUGUCAGCUAGAGGCAAUCACGAGCAACGCCAAGCAAUCAGGGACACAUGGCUUGGAUAUAUCAUGCAACAUCCAUCUCUACAAGAACAGUAAGAUAACCUUAAAGACUUUAUUGAUUGUCAUAUUUGGUUACACAUGUGUUGAAAUUUAAAGGCAGGGUGCUUGGCAUGGAAAGAGCAUAAACCUGCUAAAUUCUCCUUUCAUAUAGCCUUGUGUUUGCUUGGUAACCUCCAUUAAGACCCUUCAACCACAUACAAAUUUCCCAGACUGAUCUCCACACAUUGCCAUGAGGAUUUGCCUCAUGUACUGUAGUAGUUAUCCUAACCCUAAAAAGCCAAGUGUGGUCCAAGUGCAAUGUUGAUCAUUUUAAUCAAAUCUCAUAACCUUUCCUCUUGAUGUACAGUAUUUGCAUGGUCACAGUUGUAUAAUCGAAAGUGACAAUAAUAAUGUUGUAGUCAGUAAUAAUAUUAUAACUUCACAGUUUACAUUGAGCAUUACAAUGUGUUCUCUCUAAGCACCAAAUACAUAGACCUGAAUGCAACUACAACUGGCCACCAUUUAUGGGGACACACCAAUUGCCCAUAUGGUUUUAAGAAGAACCAGAUCUUUCUCAUAUGCCAUAAUGGAUAUGCCUGCUGCUCUCAUAAAUUUGAAAAAGUGGUUGUAACUAGAGCUAGUUCAGCUUACAAGAAUGAGCUCUCCAAAAGAAAUUUUAAUGUUUAAUGAGUGUCUUGAUAUCUGAAAUAGACACGGCUAAAAAAACUCAAUUUUUUGGACCAAAAUAAC